AUGAACACCCAUCUCCAACGCCAUUACGGGCUUAAUUCCCUCCUGACGGUUCUAAGCGUGUUCCUGAGGCUGGCGACUCCUUGCCGCCGCAUUCUUCUCACCGGCGGGAUCCUCGGGCUCAAGGGGUCGCGAUACCUAGAGUCCAGCGAUUGUUUCUGGCCCAAACUGAAGAUGCGGAAACGGAGAGCUGCAAUGUGGCGAGCUGCCCCCAGCCUGCAGGCCUCGAUAUCGACGACAGCCCCGAUCCCUGCAUAUGAUUUGUUGAGGCAGCAAUCCUCAUUUGGCUACCUCGUCUUUCGAAUUGGUGAUUCGACUUCCCCUGUCGUCAUGGCACUUGGCUUCAUAAUCUGCGCUGGAAAUCAUUUCAUUCAGCGGGGUUAUCCAUUAUGCUACUUUGGCCUAUGGCUGGUGGAAGCACCUCGCGAGAACUCCUUUAACUUGGAGGAAGAACCUGCAAGACAUCUUGUUGCAAAGGGACUUUGCGGUAUCCACCAGGUUACCAAAGGCGCCAACGGCGAACUCUCACUACUGUGGUAUUGUGCUAGUACUAAGUGGACGCGACCACGCACAACCGACUGGCCAAAUUUCCAAUCUCAGGACAUCAGGAACCACAUAUGUAGUGUAGCCAGUUUUACUAUCUCCUCCUGUUUCGCUCUUCUCGUUUUAUGGUUCCCGUAUGCCUCCAUCCAUUUCGACCCUUGUUUGGCGCCGCCUAUGGGUUGUCAUGCCUUUUUCAUUCGGUUUCGUUUCCCAUUCGCUUUGAUUUUGGAUGCGCAUUUGUGCAAGGCCAUGAGGUUUACGAUUUGCCUAACCUCCAUCAACAGCGUUAGCCCAAGUUGGGUACCGGCAAGCGACUACCCUUCACUGUCGUAUUAUCUUUCGUUGCCCAUUCGAAAUAAUUUCUUCGCAUCAAUACUUUCAUCCCUGCUUCAAGGGCUGCAAGUUCCUUCUCUCCUAGGUGAUCGGGCGGGCUACCUAACCACCCACCCGAACAUCCUUUCUUUCCCCGACUCUUCAACAAACAGCAAAUAUAACACCGUCACGAUACACCAAGACAACAAUAUGCAGCGAUUCAGAUUCCUAUCCAUCUUCACGGUCUUAGCCAUUGGCUUCUUCGCAUCUGCAACAAAAACCACGUACGCGAUCCUUCCUCUCUACCCUAGUUUCACUUACCCAUCCACCCACCCACCCACUCCCCAAACCCGCAAAUCUCUCUCUAUGGCCGCCAAUACGCCGACCCCUGUGAAAUCCAACACGUCUCUGGCAAGGGUGAGUGUCAAACCGUCAACACCACGUAGGUUCCUCCUUACUUCCUUCCCUAAGGCAACCUCUCACAGCUAUGACUUUCCAGUGCUGGUCACAAUGCCCGCUCUCUCAUUCUCCCCGAAGACCCAAAUUUCGGGUGGCAGGAUAGGGUGUACGGAGGUAGUAUGGACCGCAGUCCAGAGGUUUGUUAUUUUGGCGGAGUGGAGUUCAAGUGACAGAGGCUCCGGCUAUGACGUAUUAAUAGCGGAAAAAGAUUUCGAUUAGGAGGGGGGGGAAGGCGUUAUUAGCUUGGUAAGGCGUUUUCGGUUCUAGAUGUACGGG